ACAAGGGGGAGCGAGAUUGCUGGGAGAGAAGCUUCCCGAAGGAUAGGGAAUCCCUGCUGAGCCAUGCCUAUUGAUAACCACAGGGCCAUUUGGCUGCAAUGGACAGAUAAUGUCAAUGUCAAAUAUUUGAAUACUCUGAAGCCCCGGCAUGAUUCCUUCAUCCGGCCUGAGGACCAGGUGCUCAUCAACCGUUGGGACAUCAUGUACAAAACGGACACCUGGGACAUGCAGGAGCUCAUCACGCGCAUGUACAUUAAGCAACUGCUGCGACACCCGGCCUUCCAGCUGCUGCUGGCCGUGCUGCUGGUUAUCAAUGGCAUCACCAUUGCUCUCCGCACCAACUCCAACUUUGACCAGACACACUAUGAGUUGUUCUCUACCAUAGAUGAUGUCGUGCUGACCAUCCUAAUCUGCGAGGUUCUGCUCGGCUGGUUCAAUGGCUUCUGGAUUUUUUGGAAGGAUGGCUGGAACAUUCUCAACUUCCUUAUCGUCUUUAUCUUGCUCUUGGGGUUCUUCAUUGAACAACUCAACACUAUUGCUAUCACCUAUACCCUCAGCCCCUGGCCCGGAUCAUCCGUGUCAUACUGCAGUCAGUGCCUGGCAUGGCAAACAUCAUGGCCCUCAUCCUCUUCUUUAUGCUGGCCCUGGAGUGCGGUCAGGGCACCGCUACGGUCUCUCUGGCAGGUGUUCUCAGUGUUUGGUGUCACGCUCUUUGGUGCAUUCGUGCCCAAGCAUUUUCAGAACAUGCAGGUUGCCCUGUACACCCUCUUCAUCUGCAUCACCCAGGAUGGAUGGCUGGACAUCUACAGUGACUUUCAGAUGGAGAAGAGGGAGUAUGCAAUGGAGAUUGGGGGCGCCAUCUACUUUGCCAUCUUCCUCACCAUGGGUGCCUUCAUUGGCAUCAACCUGUUCGUCGUCGUGGUAACUACCAAUCUGGAGCAAAUGAUGAAGGCAGGAGAGCAGGGACAACAGCGUCAAAUAGCCUUUAGUGAGCCAGGCGACGCCGACGAUGACCAGAAUAAAGAGCUGCCGCUGGUGCACUGUACCGUCGCCCGCCAGGAGACCACUGGCCACCUCCAGGAGCCGCUGGUGGGGGGGCCCCUGCCAAAUCUCUCGGAAAACACGUGUGACAACUUCUGCUUGGUGCUCGAGGCAAUCCAGGAGAACUUGCUGCAAUACAAGGGCAUCCGCGACGAGCUCAAUGCGAUCGUGGAGGAGGUGCGCUCCAUUCGCUUCAACCAGGAGCAAGAAGAGGAGCUGUUACACCGGCACCUGUCCAGGAGCCAAGAUUUCGAGACUGGCUCCUCGGUGGACAUCCGCGAGGUGGCUCAAGAACAAGACUUGAUUACGGCCCUGGUGAACCGAGAAAGGGUCCAUGAAUCGGCCACAAAUAUGCUGAACAAACACAAGAGCAGCCGCUAAAAGAAUAAAAUGGGACUCAAGAACCUGCGUUGAUACACAUCUGGCUGCUCGCCGCCUGCUGUGGCUUCCCUAAGCGAGAUUUGGCACAGCCUUGCCUUCACAGCUUGGGGAGAGGCUAGGGCCUAUGCUCGUGGGCCCCAGGUCCAGAGGAGCCAGGAUGGAGAAGAAUCCUGGGUGAGUGUGGGGCCCCUAGCUCCAGGACAGGCACAGAAGCGGAGUGCCGGCCCAGGUGGACAGGAAUCAGCCUACGGAUGGGGUGUUCCUGGGCCCCUGCUCUGGCCCACAGCUGGGAGGGCCUGGGUGGGCCUCAAGGACCAAGAUGAGAAAUGCGAGGCGAGAGGGGCCAGAUCUUUGAGUAACUGACAAUAAAUUUUUGUGUUGGA